AUGGCUGAGGAAAUCACCCAGAACAUGCCAAAGCUCCAGCUGGAUGAGGAGACGGGCGACAUGGUGUCCAAGGCGGAACUCAAGAAGCGUCAGCAGAAGCGGGCAAAGAAGGCAGCUCAGGAAAAGGCACGGCAGGAGAAGGCGGCCGCCGGAACGGCACCCGAUGCCGCACCCAAGUCCAAGCCCGAGGAGACGCCUAGCGACCCGGAGGCCAUGUUCAAGGUGGGCUGGCUGCAGGACGUGUACAAUGAGAGGCCGACCAAGGACGUGGUCACGCGCUUCCCCCCCGAGCCCAACGGCUACCUCCACAUAGGCCAUGCCAAGGCCAUCGCUGUCAACUUUGGCUUCGCCAGGUACCACGGCGGCGUGUGCAACCUCCGCUUCGACGAUACAAACCCCGAGAAGGAGGAGGAGAAGUACUUUACUGCUAUCACCGACAUCAUCGAGUGGCUCGGCUUCAAGCCGCACAAGAUUACCUACUCGAGUGACAACUUUGGCAAGCUGUACGAGCUGGCCGAGAAGAUGAUCACUCUUGGCAAGGCCUACGUGUGCGCUUGUGAUGACACCGAGAUCAAGCAACAACGUGGUGGAGAAAAGGGCGCCAACGAACGAUACCGAUGCGCACACGCUGAACAGACCGUUGAGGAUAACCUGACCAAGUUCCGCGACAUGCGCGAUGGCAAGUACAAGCCCCGCGAGGUGUUCCUCCGCAUGAAGCAGGACAUAACGUCUGGCAACCCGCAGAUGUGGGACCUGGCCGCCUACCGCAUCAAGACGGACCAGCCGCACCACCGCACGGGAUGGGACUGGAAGAUAUACCCGACCUACGACUUCACACACUGCCUGUGCGACAGCUUUGAGGGUGUGACGCACUCGCUGUGCACGACCGAGUUCAUCUUGUCGCGUGUGUCGUACGAGUGGCUCAACAAGACGCUCGGGGUGUACGAGCCCAUGCAGCGUGAGUAUGGCCGUCUGAACCUUUUUGGCACGGUGCUGUCCAAGCGCAAGAUCCUCAAGCUGGUCGAAGAGGGGAUUGUGCGCGGCUGGGACGACCCCCGCCUGUACACGCUCAUCGGUAUCCGUCGUCGCGGCGUGCCUCCCGGGGCCAUCCUCGAGUUCGUCAAUGAGCUGGGCGUCACAACCAACACCACGGCCAUCCCCGUCCACCGCUUCGAGCAGACGAUCCGCAAGUACCUUGAGAAGACUGUGCCGCGCCUCAUGCUCAUCAUGGACCCCGUGCGCCUGGUCAUCGAGGACGCCGAGCCUGUCGACGUCAACCUCCCCUUCUCCCCCAAGGUUCCCGAGAUGGGCUCCCACAAGGUCCGCUUCACUCCGACCGUGUAUAUCGACCGCUCCGACUUCCGCGAGGUUGACAGCAAGGACUACUUCCGCCUCGCCCCCGGCAAGUCGGUCGGCCUGCUCAACGCGCCCUUCCCCGUCAAGGCUACCACCUUCACCAAGGACGAGUCCACCGGCAAGGUGACGGAGAUCCGCGCCGUCUUCGACCGUGAGGGGAAGAAGCCCAAGACAUUUAUCCAGUGGGUCGGCACCGAGGGGUCGCGCAACGUCGAGGCCCGCGUGCACAACCGCCUCUUCAGGUCGGAGAAGCCCGAGGACGCAGAGGGCGGUUUCCUCAACGACAUCAACCCCGACAGCGAGGUCGUGUACAAGGAUGCCAUUAUCGAGGCCGGCUUUGACGAGGUCCGUCGGAGGGCUCCCUGGCCUGAGGCUGCUGGCGAGAGCGAGCUUGGCAAGGGUGGUCCUGAGAGUGUGCGCUUCCAGGCUAUGCGUGUUGCUUAUUUUGCCAUCGACUCGGAUAGCACCGAGGACAAGAUUAUCCUCAACCGUAUCGUCAGUCUAAAGGAGGAUUCCGGCAAGUCGUAG